GGAGGCAAGAGGAAAGGGGCGGAGACAGCAUAAGGGAAUAUAAAUGCUGAGAUGAUGCAGUGAUCACGACUGAAGAAGAGUUCUAGCAAAGACUUUUACUUCAGGUUGACUUAACCCAAGAUUAACCAGGGAACCCUGAGCAGAUUGGAGAUGAAUUCAGAAGAUUGUUCCAUAACAGAGAACAGCUCCUUGCAUCUGGAGAAAGGAAAACAAGGUAAUGCCACCAGCUCCCAUUUUACAACACACGACAAAGGGUCGCUUCAAAUCCCUGUCCCAUGUGCUGUAGUGAAUGUGGUCUUCAUCACCAUUUUAAUUGUAGCUCUCAUUGCCUUAUCAGUGGGCCAAUACAAUUGUCCAGGCCAAUAUAUUGCCUCAGUGCCAUUAGACAGCCAUGUUUCUCCAUGCUCAGAUGAUUGGAUUGGAUACCAGAAGAAAUGCUACUUAAUUUCCACUCUGACAAACAGCUGGACCUCAGCCCAAAGCUCUUGUUCCAAACAGGGUGCUACUCUUGCUCUCAUAGAUUCUGAAAAGGAGAUGGUCUUUCUAAAACGAUAUGUGGGUAGAACUGAACACUGGAUUGGGUUAACAAAUGAAACUGGUCAGACAUGGAAAUGGUCAAAUGGCAACGAAUUUAACAACUGGUUCAACAUGUCGGGGUCUAAAAACUGUGCAUUUCUGAAUAGCACACAUGUCAUCACUGCAGAAUGCCAAAAGCCUUUACACUGGAUUUGUAGUAAACCUUCCAAUUAAUGAGGAAACCUGUGCUUAUAGACUCUCAUGGAACUAAAGGAAAUGAGUCACUGUGGAUGCUGCUGUAUGUUCAGAAGUUUCCUAGAAGGACUUUGUGGAAAAACACUUUGAAUUAUUUUGGAAAUCUUCCAAGCAGGACUGUGGAGAAAAGGAGAGAAAUUCCGGAAAAACCUGCAUUGUGGAAUACUCCCUCCAUUCUCUGGAAACAGCAUAGGUUGACUGAUAACCAUGCCAACAAAUAAGAGCAUGAAUAAAAAACUUUUCAGAUGCACUUUAUUUUUUCAAAUACAGAAAUAAUAAUAAAAAGAUAGGUUUAAUCUUAUUAUUUAUUGUUGAGCAGCUACCAGCAGUGAUAACCCUUCAUGCAUUUGCACUAUAUGAAGGAGUAAGAUGGUGGUAGUAGAAAAAACUGAAUGUAAGCAAAGGGAAUGUUAAUUGGUAACACAGACAUUAGGUCAAAAUGCAUUUCUUAAACCCAGAGAACAUUUACAAGUGGAUAAAUGCCUAUGAAAUUAAGCUUUGUAAUAUUUCUCUCUUUGUAGGUGUUUGUUAGGUUACUUUGCAACUUUUGUUCCCCAAAAGAGUAGGGUAAUCAUGUAUUUAUUGUUUUUUGUGGGUUGUGGGUUUUUGUUUCUUUGUUUGUUUUUACUUCCUCAAUAUAGACUGGUCUUUUUCAACAGUACUUUUUUUUUUUGUCUUUAAAACUUUACAUACAGCGUUUUUCCAAGAAAAGACAAAGAAUAUGAGGAAUAUUUGUAAAACAGAUCAAAGUGUUGGAAAAUGUGCAAUAUAUGAUGUGGCAAAUCCAUAUUAGGAAAAAUUCUUUAUUUUUCAAACCUGGAAUAAUACCAGUCUUAUCUGAUAAUAAAUAUGUGCCUUUCCUAAGCAAUUCUAUUAUGUGCAAUACUUCAUGUGAACUAUUUUCUAUGUGCAAUAAAGUGUGUUUACUUGAUUGUAUUUUGUAUUCAGUACAAUUAUAAGCUGCUUUUAGGUAUGUGAAAAUAAAAGUAGAACCAACAAAAUGGUUUCCAAGAAGUGUUCAUUUCUUCAAAAUACAUUAAAAAUUAUGUCCUACUAG